UCAAUUUUAAUCCUAAUGAAAAACUUACGCCCAACUCUAACAAACACUUUGCAGUGCAGAACAGCAACAACAAGAACAAGAACAAGAACUUCAACAAUAACAAGCACACAUUGUAUAGCCAACAAUUUGCAAUCUAACACAGUUGAAUACAAAAUUACCCAUUGCGACAUACUGGGCAUCAGAACCCAAAAUCGUAGCGGGAGUCAAGCCAGUUGUGCCACAAACUUGUGUCAAAGACCAUUCCGAGGAAAUAAGAGAUACAUUUGCAUACGAAAAUCAGGACAACUUGAUGCCAUAAUGUCAACGGAGGAUACAAUCAGCCAACAAGGAGUUGCUCCCCCAGUAAGCACUACCAGCACCAGGGACUAUUACGAUAUGGCCCCCUAUCAAUCGGAUAUGAGUGAUUCAGCACCCAACACUCCAGGACCGUCUUCCUCUUCGGCUCCUAAGAAAUAUUAUCGUCAUGCUGCUCAUCGAGUCUUUGUGAACAGAUCUUUGCAUCUGGAGAAUAUCAAAUACUAUGGCUUCGAUAUGGAUUAUACUCUGGCCGAAUAUAAAUCGCCACAGUAUGAACAAUUGGGCUUCAAUUUGGUUAAAGAGCGUCUUGUCUCGAUGGGUUAUCCAAAGGAAAUUCUACAAUUUGAAUAUGAUCCAACAUUUCCAGUGCGUGGUUUAUGGUUCGAUACACUUUAUGGCAAUCUACUCAAGGUAGAUGCUUAUGGCAAUAUUUUGGUCUGUGUGCAUGGAUUUGAGUUUAUUAAGCAUCAUCAAGUGUAUGAAUUGUAUCCGAAUAAGUUUCUUAAAUUGGAUGAAUCACGGGUUUAUGUAUUGAAUACGCUUUUCAAUUUACCGGAAACCUAUUUGCUGGCCUGUCUGGUUGAUUUCUUUACCAAUAGCAAUGAAUUUGUGCGCGUUGAACGCGGAAUUAAAGCUGGUGAUUUUCUAUUUACCUAUAAGUCGAUUUUCCAGGACGUGCGUCGUGCCGUCGAUUGGGUGCAUUCCGAUGGCGAUUUGAAGCGUCGUACUACGCAGAAUAUGGCCUACUAUGUGAAAAAGGACAAACGCCUGCCGACUGUAUUGUCACGUAUACGUGAAUCGGGUGCCAAACUCUUCAUGUUGACUAACAGCGAUUAUACAUAUACAAAUGAGAUAAUGACCUAUCUGUUUGAUUUCCCCCAUGGAGCAAAUGACGAUGAACCGCAUCGAGAUUGGAAAUCCUAUUUCGAUGUAAUUGUCGUCGAUGCCCGUAAGCCACUGUUCUUUGAUGAGGGCACUGUGUUGCGUCAGGUGGAUACCAAAACGGGUGGAUUGAAAAUAGGCACCCAUAUUGGACCAUUGCAGCCGGGACAAGUGUAUUCGGGUGGCUCGUGUGAGCUCUUCACCAAAUUCAUCAAUGCCAAGGGAAAGGAUGUCCUCUAUGUGGGUGAUCAUAUAUUCGGUGAUAUUCUCAAAUCGAAGAAAAUCCGCGGUUGGCGUACAUUCUUGAUUGUCCCGGAAUUGGUCCGCGAGUUGCAUGUGUGGACCGAUGAGUGUCAAUUGUUUGCCGAAUUGCAAAAUUUGGACAUUAAACUGGGUGAUUUGUAUCGCGAUUUGGAUUCAAGUGCCAAGGUUAAGCCGGAUAUAUCUCAAUUGCGUACUUGUAUACGGGAUGUGACGCAUAAAAUGGAUAUGUCAUACGGCAUGAUGGGCUCGCUGUUCCGUUCGGGAUCGCGUCAGACCUUCUUCUCCAGUCAAGUGGUGCGAUAUGCCGAUGUCUAUGCCGCCACUCUGCUCAAUCUCAUCUAUUAUCCAUUCUCGUACAUGUUCCGAGCACCGGCCAUGCUUUUGCCGCAUGAGUCGACAGUGGCCCACGAUCAGGCCCAUCAGCCGCCGCCGCCACCAUUUCCAUCAGCAGCUCUGGAGGAUGUGAGCAGUACAAGUUGCAGUCCAGCGGCUGCUAACAUAGCUGCACGCACUUCGGCUGGUCUAGAGGAUUCAGGCAAGGAGACUACAAAGGAUACAAAGGAGACAAAAGAGUCAAAGGAUGGCAAAGACUUGCAUCGAGCGAGCUCCAUUGUCCAUACUCGCCCAUCUACGCCCACUGUGGUCACUCAUACUCAUGACGAGGAUUAUUCCGAAGAAGAAGAUGCUCCAUCCUCGUCAGAGCAACCCAUACGCGAUGUCUCCGAUUAAAGAUUUCACUUAUAUUUAUGUUUUUUUUUUUUUUAGUUUAUUAUUUUUUUUGCCUUGCAUAUCCAAAUGCAUUCUCCAAGUAAAUGUUUAGAUCAACGAA